AUGUACAUAAGGCGCGGAAGCUACGGUGGCCAUUUGAUUGCUCGCUCACUGUCCCCUGCAUCCUCAAAGCUUGUUGAACUCGUAUUCACCUUCGCUACCCAAGUAUAUAAGCUACAGAUGGUACGGUGGCCAUUUGAGUGCUCGUUCGACUCGUAUUUACCCUCGCUACCCGGGCAUAUAAACUGCAGAAACUGCGGUGGCCAUUCGAUUGUUUGCUCGCUCUCCCCUGCAGUCUCAAGGUAUACAAGCUGGAGAAACUACGGUGCCCAUUUGAUGGUUCGCUCACUGUCCCCUGCAGUCUCAAGGCUCGUUGGACUCGUAUUCACCCUCGCUACCUGGGUAUACAAGCUGGAGAAACUACGGUGCCCAUUUGAUGUCUCAAGGUAUAUCAGCUGCAAAAACUACGGUGGCCGUUUGUUUGUUCGCUCACUGUCCCCUGCAGUCUCAAAGCUCGUUGGACUCGUAUUUACCCUCGCUACUUGGGUAUAUAAGCUACAGAGGGUACGGUCGCCGUUUGUUUGUUCGCUCACUGUCCCCUGCAGUCUCAAAGUAUACAAGCUACAAAAACUACGGUGCCCAUUUGAUGGUUCGCCACUGUCUCCUGCAGUCUCAAAGUAUACAAGCUACAAAAACUACGGUGCCCAUUUGAUGGUUCGCCACUGUCUCCUGCAGUCUCAAACUUUAAAUGGCCUCGUUGGACUCGUAUUCACCUUCACUACCCAGGUAUACAAGCUACAAAAACUACGGUGCCCAUUUGAUGGUUCGCCACUGUCUCCUGCAGUCUCAAAGCUCGUUGGACUCGUAUUCACCCUCGCUACCUGGGUAUAUAAGCUACAGAUGGUACGGUGGCCAUUUGAGUGCUCGUUCGACUCGUAUUUACCCUCGCUACUUGGGUAUAUCAGCUGCAGAAACUACGGUGGCCGUUUGUUUGUUCGCUCACUGUCCCCUGCAGUCUCAAGGCUCGUUGGACUCGUAUUCACCCUCGCUACCUGGGUAUAUAAGCUACAGAGGGCUCGUUCGACUCGUAUUUACCCUCGCUACUUGGGUAUAUCAGCUGCAAAAACUACGGUGGCCGUUUGUUUGUUCGCUCACUGUCCCCUGCAGUCUCAAGGUAUACAAGCUGCAGAAACUACGGUGGCCGUUUGUUUGUUCGCUCACUGUCCCCUGCAGUCUCAAGGUAUACAAGCUGCAGAAACUACGGUGGCCGUUUGUUUGUUCGCUCACUGUCCCCUGCAGUCUCAAAGCUCGUUGGACUCGUAUUCACCCUCGCUACCUGGGUAUAUAAGCUACAGAUGGUACGGUGGCCAUUUGAGUGUGCGCUCACUGUCCCCUGCAUCCUCAAGGCUCAUUAUUACCCUCAGCAGCAACAAUAACAACAGCCCCCGCUCAGCGGGCCUCCUCCUGGUGCAAGACCACCAUCUGCUGGCAUUAAAGCACCACCAGCGUACGCCCAAGAACCUCUGCGUCCUCAAACAGGUCCUUAUGAGCAACUGCAACCUGGCGCAUAACCAGUUUGGCAACUCAGGGUACUCGUCCGCCUGGACCUCCAUCCCUGGUGCAAACAAAGAUAGGCCUUCCUUUAUCGCCGAUGCAGCAACAACGACCGCCUGA